AUGGGCUACCAGGGACAGCUACCGGUCAUUCCGGUCAUUCCGCUGCAGAGAAAUUUAGGUGAUAGAGAGACCCUGGUUUCCAAUCAAGAGAAUAAAGGGAAAACUUACCAGUCUGCUGCUGUUUUUAAUGUUGUCAACUCCAUUAUAGGUUCUGGUAUAAUAGGAUUGCCUUAUUCGAUGAAGCAAGCUGGAUUUCCUUUGGGAAUACUACUUUUAUUCUGGGUUUCAUAUGUUACAGACUUCUCCCUCAUUCUGUUGAUAAAAGGGGGUACCCUCUCUGGAACAGACACUUACCAAUCUUUGGUUAACAAGACCUUCGGCUUACCAGGAUAUCUCCUCCUUUCUAUCCUGCAGUUUCUGUAUCCUUUCAUAGCUAUGAUAAGCUACAACAUAAUAGCUGGAGAUACUUUGGGCAAAGUUUUUCAAAGAAUCCCAGGAGUUGAUCCUGAAAACUGGUUUAUUGGUCGCCACUUCAUUAUUAUACUUUCCACAGUUACAUUUAUUUUGCCUUUGUCCUUGUACCGAGAUAUAGCAAAGCUUGGAAAGAUCUCCUUUAUUUCUACAGUUUUAACAACUAUGAUCGUUGGAAUUGUGAUGACAAGGGUAGUUUCGCUGGGUCCAUACAUACCCAAAACAGAAGAUGCCUGGGUGUUCGCCAAGCCCAAUGCUAUUCAGGCUGUCGGGGUGAUGUCUUUUGCAUUUAUUUGCCACCACAACUGCUUCUUAGUUUAUGGUUCCUUGGAAGAACCCACAGUGGCUAAGUGGUCCCGCAUUAUCCAUAUGUCUGUCUUGGUGUCUGCAUUUAUCUGUAUGCUCUUUGCGACAUGUGGAUACGUAACAUUUACUGGCUUCACUCAAGGAGACUUAUUUGAAAAUUAUUGCAGAAGUGAUGACCUGGUGACAUUUGGAAGGUUUUGUUAUGGUAUCACUGUCAUCUUGACGUAUCCAAUUGAAUGCUUUGUGACUAGAGAGGUAGUUGCCAAUGUGUUUUUUGGUGGGACUCUCUCCUCCGUUUUCCACAUUGCUGUGACAGUGGUCAUCAUUAUGGUAGCAAUGGUGGUGUCAUUGCUGAUUGAUUGCCUUGGGAUAGUUUUAGAGCUCAAUGGUGUACUUUGUGCAGCUCCACUAAUUUUUAUCAUUCCAUCAGCCUGUUAUCUGAAACUAUCUGAAGAACCAAGGACACAUUCAGAUAAGAUUAUGUCCUGUCUCAUGCUUCCCAUGGGUGCUGUGGUCAUGAUUUUCGGGUUCAUAAUGGCUGUCACAAAUUCUCAAGACUGUACCCAUGGGCAUGAACUGUUUUACUGCUUUCCUGACAAUUUUUCCCUUACAAACAUCUCAGAUUCUCAUUUACAACUGACAACACAACUUUCACUUUUAAAUAUCAGUAGCUUUCAGUGAAUUGUUUGCUUUUAAAAACAUGUCUUUUCUUAGAUUUUUAUACUACAU